ACUUCACCACUCAUAGCAAAGAACUUCCCCCUGACAUCCAACCUAAAUCCUCCCUCCCUCAACUUCAAACCAUUUCCCCUUAUCCUGCUGUUACAAAGCCUGUGGGCUGCAAAGCUUCUGUGAGCAUCUUCAAAGCUCAAGGUGUUGGUGACUGUUGCUCAGUGAAGUGCUCUGUGGAUGCCUGACUACCAUGGAAGAUUACUGUUGUUUCAGGGAGAAAAAAAUCAAGAUUAAUUCCCAGAUGAUAUUGUUCAUAAUUUCUUAUUUCUGCAUCUUUCCGGCUGAUAAAAUCAGUCACUGGAAAAUAGGCUUAGAAAAUUAAGCAAGGAAUCAGAUGCACUUAAUCAAAAGGCGUUUGAUGUAACCAAAGGGCAUUUGUGUGUUAGAACACACUGUCAGUUGUUCAGUAUGUUUUUAUGUUUCCUUUUGGUGUCUGUGUGCUUCUUAGGUGGUCCAGAUGGAUGAGGUGUGUGUGAAGCUUUGAGACGUGGGAUGUUUUUGGUGGGAUCCCUUGUUGAAAUGGGUGUUGGUCACUGUCUAGGGUUAGGAUCUGAGUUAAGGUUCAACUUAGGGUUGGGAUUUGGAGAGAGAGAGAAACCGCACAUCCCCAUGUGAGCGGUGCUGGGAAGGGUCUGCCAAAGACGUUUGAUGUGUACCGGAAGCUUUGACUUGAGGUUCCCUCUGUAGGAUCCCCAGCUAGAGUAGAUGUUGGAGCUUUGAGUGGGUGGUUGUUUGAGUUGGUCUCUAUCCAGGUUUACUGUUUGGAUAAGUUUUAAUGUUUGGAUUCUGGCUAGAGUUUGAAAACCAAGUGCAUUUCUCCCAUACGUUGGAUCUGGUCACUGUCUGGGUUCAGGGUUAGGGUUUCUAAAGAGAAAGUGCACAUCUGUUCUGUGAGUGGGGCUGCCAAAGAAGGUUGAGCUGUACCAGCAGCUCAGAUAUGUGGGUCUUUUUUGGUGGGAUCCCUACUUUGGGUGGAUGUUGGAGCUAGUCAGCUAGUUUUAGGGCUCAGUUUAGAUUUUGACUGGUGUGUGGGGACUGCUAGGUCAAGGCCUAAACCAGUGACUGAGUAGCAAGUGAGAAGGUGUGGCUAACCCAGGGCACACAGGUGCAAGCAGUGCGCCUGUAUGACUGGAAGUGGGUAGACCCAAGGUCUGUCCUUCCUCACUCUCUUUUGAGGGAGCAGGUUCUCUAUUUGGUGGUUGCUCCUUCUGGAGACUUUACUGGGUCUUUGGAAAGGAUAAGCCACUUAGGUCACUUCUUAGGUCAUCUUCUGAACUAUAUCUUCACAAAAACCAACUUUGCAGUUCAGGGGUCAGUGCUUCCUCUGAAAACCUACUGGAUGGAUUUCCAGAGCUGGUUUGCCUUCCCUGUUGGGAUACUGCUAUGCUGUACUCUUCAGGCAUCUGCCAUUCAACUUCCUGCAUCUGAAAACUGCACCAGCAAUGGUCAAAGAAUAUCCUUCAGCCAUUCCUACAAGAUUGACCUGCCCACAUCCUCCCAGAUCAAGGUAGAGGCGGAUCCAUUGCAGCACGAAGGCAGCAGUGGGGUGCAGCUAGAUCCUGGUGAGGCCGAGGAAAAUGAAGAGCAGGAUAUCAUCUUUAGGCACAACAUCCAUGUGCAUGCACCCAAAGCGAGCUGUGAAACUCUGGCCCAUGUUAAAGAUCUUCUUGAGAGGAUGGAGAAGCUGGAGAAAGAAGUUGCAGAACUGAGAGAAAUCUGCAGCCCUCAGAAGUGCUGUGGGGGAAGCCAGGGUGUCACGCACUGCAGCAGUCACGGGAUGUUCCUCUAUGAGACCUGCAGCUGUAAGUGUGCAGAGGGCUGGGAGGGCAGUGACUGCUCCCGCCCCACCUGCCCCAACCUCUGCAGUGGCCACGGGCGCUGUGAUGGCGGGAGGUGUAUCUGUGAUGAGCCUUAUUUCAGUGAGGACUGCAGCCAGCAGCUCUGCCCUGAGAACUGCAGCGGCAAUGGGAUCUGUGACACAGCUAAAGGGGUCUGCCUGUGCUAUGAGGAGUUCAUCGGAGAGGACUGCAGCGAGAAACGAUGUCCCGGGGACUGCAGUGGCAAUGGGUUCUGUGACACAGGAGAGUGCUACUGCCAUGAGGGGUUCUUUGGCCCUGACUGCUCCCAGGUGCUUGCUCCUCAAAACUUGCAGCUGCUGAAUGCUACAGAGGAUUCCAUGGUUGUCAGCUGGAAUCAAAUGAUUGAUGUGGAUAAUUACCUCAUCAGCUAUUACCCAGUGGGGCAUGAGACACUGGAGAAACAAGUCCAUGUGCCCAAAGAGCAGCACAGCUAUGAGAUUACAGGUCUCCAUCCUAGCACCACAUACAAUGUCACACUUCGUCAUGUGAAGAAGGGGAUUGCCAGUGAGCCCGUGCAACUACAAGCAAGUACAGUCCCAUCUGCACUCAGUGCCAUCUGGGUGACGGAGGAGAUGGAGUAUUCCCUGGAAGUAGAGUGGGAGAACCCACCAACAGAUGUGGAUUAUUACAAGCUGAAAUUCAGAUCCCUGGUGGGCAUGGAUGAGAAGCAGGUCAUGGUGCCCAAAAGCAGUGACCCCAAGAGCAGACACAUCAUGACUGGCCUAAAACCUGGCAUGGAGUAUGAGGUUACUGUCAUACCUGUGAAGGAUGAUACAGAGGGUAAACCAUCCUCAGUGAGUGGCAGGACAGGAAUUGAUAGCCCAACCAAUGUGGUGACAGAUCGAGUGACGGAAGACACAGCCACUGUCUCAUGGAAUAAAGUUCAGGCUCCCAUAGACAGGUACAUGGUGAGAUACACCUCAGCUGAUGGAGACACCCGGGAAACAGAGGUAGGCAGUGAAAACAGCAUCAUCACCUUAUUGAAUCUGAAGCCAGGCAUGGAAUACACCAUCCAUAUCUGGGCAGAGAAGGGACCCCACAAGAGCAAGAAAGCCAGCACCAGAGCUCUGACAGAGAUUGACAGCCCCACUAAACUGUUGACUGAUCAAGUGACAGAAAAUGCAAUCACAGUUUCCUGGAACAAAGUCCAGGCUUUAAUAGACAGAUACAGAGUGAAUUACACCUCAGCUGAUGGGGAUACAGAGGAGAGAGAAGUGGAGAAAGACAAGAAUAUCACCACCUUGGCAGGACUGAAGCCAGGCAUGGAGUAUGUUAUUCACAUCUGGGCAGAAAAGGGAGAACAACAGAGCAAGAAGGCCAGCACUGAGGCUGUGACAGAAAUUGACAGCCCCACUCACCUGGUAACUGAUCAAGUGACAGAGGACACAGUCACCAUCUCCUGGGACAGAGUUCUGGCUCUCAUAGAUAAGUACGUGGUGAAUUACACCUCUGCCGAUGGUGAUACUGAGGAGAUAGAAGUGGGGAAGAACAAGACUGCCACAACUCUGGUAGGACUGAAACCUGGCACUGAAUAUGUCAUCUACCUCUGGGCAGAGAAGGGAGUGCAGCAGAGCAAGAGAACCAGCACUGAGGCAGUGACAGAAUUGGACAGCCCAAAGAAUCUGGUAACUGACCAAGUGACAGAAGACUCAGCCACAAUCUCCUGGGAUAGCGUCCGAGCUCCCAUAGAUAGGUAUAUCGUGAGCUACACUUCUGCUGAUGGGGGCACCAAGGAAAUAGAAGUGGGAAAGGCUGAGAGCGUUACAACUCUGACAGGACUGAAAGCAGGCAUGAAGUACACCAUUCAUCUCUGGGCAGAGCUGGGAAGCACGCAGAGCAAGAGGGCAAGCACUGAUGCGCUGACAGAGAUUGAUCCUCCCAGGAACCUCCAUGUAUCUGAUGUGACUCAGACUACUGGUGUAGUUACCUGGGCUCCUCCUGCAGCACAGAUUGAUGGCUACACUCUGACCUACCGGGGUCAAAAUGGCACCAGCAAGGAAGUGCAGCUGGGUCCUAGGGAACAACAGUUUGUGCUGGAAGGACUGGAACAAGGAACAAAGUACACUGUGUUUGUGAUGGCCUAUAAGGGAGAUCACCAGAGCAGAAAGACAGUCGGUACCUUCUCAACAGUUAGCUCCCUCUACCCGUACCCUGCGGACUGUGCCCAGAUGCAGCAGAAUGGAAACAUCUCCAGCGGCCUGUACACCAUUUAUCUCAAUGGCAAUGGCAGCAGGCCCAUGCAGGUGUACUGUGACAUGACCACUGAUGGAGGCGGGUGGAUAGUGUUUCAGAGGCGGAGCAGUGGUGAACUGGAUUUCUACAAACGCUGGAAAAAUUAUGUGGAAGGCUUUGGAGAUCCCACUGGGGAAUUUUGGCUUGGUCUUGACCAGCUGCACAAUCUCACAAGCAGCAGCCCCAUCCACUAUGAGCUGCGGGUGGAUCUGCGGACAGCCAACGAGUCUGCCUAUGCUGUCUAUGACUUCUUCCAGGUUGCCUCGAGCAGGGAGAGAUACAGGCUGUCCGUGGGGAAUUACAGAGGCAAUGCUGGAGAUGCAAUGACUUACCACAAUGGCUGGAAGUUCACAACGUGGGACAGAGACAAUGAUGUGGCUCUCAGCAACUGUGCUCUGACGCACCAUGGUGCGUGGUGGUACAAGAACUGCCACUUGGCCAACCUCAAUGGGAAAUAUGGGGAGAGCAAGCACAGUGAGGGGGUGAAUUGGGAGCCAUGGAAGGGCCAUGAGUUCUCCAUUCCUUUUACUGAGAUGAAGAUUCGUCCUCAGUCUUCUAGUAACGAGUCAGUCUUGGCAAGGAAGAAGAGAUCUCUACCAGGAAAAACGAGGCAGAUCAGAUUUUAAAUUGUCCUCUGUGCGUGACAGCACCCAAAGAUUAUGAUUUGGUAUUUCUUAACAAAAUUAGGUUUGGAUGACUUCCUCCGCUACUUUGGAAGCAGCUGCUGACCCAGCUUGGACCCAGAAGUCUCUGAAUCUGCAGCCCAGCCUGUUUCCAGCCUUUGGAGGUCCUGGUGGGUGCUCUGUCAGAGACUGGGAAGGGACCUGUGGGCGGCAUGCCACUUGUAGCUUUCCUGGUUAAACGUGACAAGGACCUGCUUGAUCCAAUGUGUGCAACUUUUAUGAAUUGUUCGUAAAACAAGCUUUAACAUGUUAUUGUUUCUCAAAACCCA